AUGAUAGCCAUUGCCGCUCCAUACACUGCCCUUUUGGGCGUUUGCCUGCUGGGCUACUUCGUUGUCUACCCCGUCUUCGAAUACUUCCGUCUCCGGAAAUACCCCAACUUGUCGCCGCUCUCGGGCAUCUACAACAUCCCGUUCAUGAUGCUGGCAAGUGGUGGCGCCCGGUCGACGCACAUGGUUGAGCUGCACAAGAAGCAUCCCGUCAUCCGGACCGGCCCAAACUCGCUGUCCUACGGCGAUACCCGCGCCAUCAAGGACAUCUACGGCCACGGUACCAAGUGCACCAAGGACGGCCAGUACCUCGUCACUUCGGGCUCGCACUUCCACCUUGCCGAUGUCAUCGACAAGCCCGACCACUCCCGCAAACGCAAGGUCCUGUCGGCGGCCUACGCGCUCAAGAACCUAGAGGAGUGGGAGCACAAGGUCGCAGACAAGACGCAAAAGAUGAUGGACCAGUUCGACAAGCGCUGCACCGCGCCACUCCCCAAGGGCCAGACCGUUCCCAACCCCGAAGACCUCACCGUCGACUACCGCAAGUGGGCCAACUUCUUCUCGCUCGACGCCAUCGCCGACAUCGGGCUCUCGGAGCGUCUCGGGUUCCUCGACGCGGGCGACGACCUGAUCACGGUGCGCCGCCCGGACGGCACGAGCUACACCUGCCACUUCCGCGAGUGCCUCUACGACAACGCCCGCAAGCAAUCCCACAUCGUCUGGUCGUACGACUGGUACAGGGUCCUCGACAAGCUCACCAACCUGAUCCCGCGCUACCGCAAGAUGGGCGCCAACGGCAAGCUGUGGGACGGCAUCCCCAACGAGCUCGCGCUCCGCCGCCUCGAGCGCCACGAGCGCGGCGAAAAACAGGACGACUUCUUCCACUCCCUCAUGGAAGACAAGCACGGGCGCCCAAACAAUCUCGAAUGGGGCGAGAUCGUAGCCGAAGUCUCCAUCAUGCUGAACGCCGGCUCCGUCACCACGGCCAUCGCCCUCACCAACGCCUUGCACCAGCUCAUCAAGCACCCCGCCGCCAUGCGCCGCCUCCGCGAAGAAGUCGACACCGCGCUGGACGACGACGACGACGACGACGCCGCCUCCAUCGUCGCCCCCUACGCCAAAAUCAAACACCUCCCCUACACGCGCGCCUGCCUCGACGAAUCGCUCCGCCUCCACCCCCCGACCCCGCAGGGCCUCCCCCGCGCCACCCCCGCCGAAGGCUGCCCCAUCCUCGGCGCCUGGGUCGCCGGCAACACGUCGGUCGCCGUGUCGGCGCUCGUCGCGCACCGCGACGAAAGCGUCUUCCCCGACGCGGACGCGUUCGUGCCGGAGCGCUGGCUGGGCGAGGCGGGCAAGGCGUUGCAGCCGUACUUUAUAGCGUUUUCGGCGGGGGCGCGCGGGUGCGUCGGGCGCAACGUCUCGUAUCUGGAGCAGGCGGUCGUGCUGGCGUCGGUCGUGCGCAGGUACGAGUUUGCGCUGCCCGGGCCGCGGUGGGAGGUGAGGCGCGAGGAGACGAUGAAUUGGCUGCUCGGGGACAUGCCGGUCAAGGUGUGGUUGAGGGAGAGGGAGAGGGAAAGGGUUGCGGACGAUCGGGGUGCUGCUGUUUGA